UGUUCCACUUGCGCCCCUGCUGUCUCUGUUUCUUGGUCAAACCGCGGGCGUGCUAUGAGGAUUGCCAGGCCGCCGGACAAGGCGCAGGAGCGCUUCGGGGCGGUCGCAGUGCUGCCCAAGGCGAAGGUUCCGUUGAGGCCGCGCGUGGUUGACAGCAACGACUCCGGGACAAUUUGGCAGGUGGUCUUCCGACAGGUAGAUCCCAUCGAUCCGCAGCGCGGGCCGUGGCUGCCGGUCUGCGAGGAAAUCGUCCGCAAGGAAGCGGGGGAGGGGCAGCUAACCAGGGCGGCUGGAGCUGCUGUUCCUCAAGGCCUCGGGCUGUGGACGCCCCGAGGGCUGCGGCGCUUGCCGCUGCCCUGGGAGCCCAUGGAGUUCGAUGAGAUCGAGGCGCCCCGCAUGCCCUCGGGUGUGCGGCGGACUAGGACGGUUUCCUCCACGCCACCCGCCUUCCGCCCCAAAAAGGGCCAUGGCCUGUGGAAGAGGCUGGCAGAGCCGCGCUCUGCCAGGAGCCACAGGCACCCAGAGGAGAAAGCAGGAGGCAAUCGCAAAUGAGACCACGAAUCGAUAGACUCGUGUUUCACUUGCUGUACACGUAGAAUACGCAGUACCGUUGGAGCCGGCAUCCAGAUUCAUG